AUCACUCCACUUCGUUAUCAAGUUAUGGUAGAUACCUUUCAUGCAUACGGAUAUAUAGUGAAUACUGCUUACAAAGCGGUUUUCAAAUAUUGGUAUUAACGUCAAAUAUACUUUAAGAGUGCUACACUGUUAUAUAUUAUAAUUUAAACAUUGUGGUGCUAAUAUAUGACUGAAUAAAUUUCUGUUUAGUGUGACAAAAUAUUCGUUAUUAAUACAGAGAUACACUUGGAAAACAAGACGCCUGGGCGAUGAAACAACGUUCUCAAGAUGUAGAUGGUGGGUGGGCUUGGGUGGUACUUAUCUCCUCAUUCCUGUUGCACAUGAUGUCCUACGGUCUUGCUUGGAGCACCGGUGUCUACAAUGUUAUCUUUCUGGAAGAGUUUGGUCAACCAAAGUCUGUUACAGCAUGGGCUGGGUCUUUGCCGACGGCUGUGAUGUAUGGAUCAGGACCAAUAGCCAGCAUGUUGUCAAACAAAUACGGAUUUAGGCCAGUGAUAAUGGUGGGUGGGUUAAUGGUUAGUGCGGGAUUAAUCCUCAGCUUCUUUGCUACCAACCUGUUCGUGCUUUUCUUCACAUUUGGUGUUCUUACAGGUGCUGGACUAGGUGUCGUAUACAUACCCGCAAUAGCGUCAGUAUCCUGUUACUUUGAGAAGAAGUUGUCACUGGCUGCUGGAAUAGCAACAUCCGGUGUUGGUAUCGGCAACUUCUUGUAUCCCGCCAUCAUUCGAUGGCUUGUUAACAUGUAUGACUGGAAACAAAGUUUUCUUAUACUUGGCGCAAUAUCAUUGCAUAUGUGCGUCUUCGGUGCAUUAAUGCGUCCAGUCAAGAGACCUGAGAUCAAAGAAGAUCAACCGAUACUUGACAUAACCCCUUUUAAAAAGAAAGGUUAUGCGAUGCUUUGCGUGAAUGUGUUCUUAUUUUGUUGCGGAAUAUCAGCCCUCUAUAUACAUUUAGCUGCACAUGGCGAAAAGAUAGGACUGAACGCAGAUAAAAGUGCAAUGUUGAUAUCCGGCCUUGGAAUAGCUAAUCUGUUUGGACGCUUUGCCUAUGGACUCAUCGCGUACCAUCCUCGCGUUAACGUAUUUAUUUUGUACGGCGUUUCUUACUUGUUGUCUGGAGUUUGCAUCUGCCUCGUUCCAAUUAUGAAGACAUUUCCGGUAUUGAUGGCAUGUGUAGUUAUUUAUGGAAUACUCUCUGGUUGCUUCGGAACGUUGUUAGUGAACAUUUUAAUCGAACUUCUCGGACUUCAUCGAUUUGCAAAUGGAUACGGAUGUCUCCUACUGUUCAUGGCUGCAGGACAGCUUAUUGGGGCAUCAGUUGCAGGUGCUAUGUAUGACGUCACAGACUCGUAUGACAUGGCUUUUGUUCUGGGUGGAGUGAUGGUUAUACUCAGCUCAGUUGUUAUGAUUCAACCAUAUCUUUAUAUCAAACGCCAUCCACGUUUUCAAGAAGAAGAGAUAAUUGCCGAGAAAGUAGCUCUUGCAGAGUCUACAGACAUUCCAUCAUUGCAAUACAUGUCGCACAGAGAUCUCGUGCAAAUGACUGUGUCAUUGGAAAGCUUAACUGCUGCUAAACGUUCUCUUGAUGUAAUACGCAGAUCAACAAAUUCUCUAAAUGUGAUAAAACCUAAACUAAAUGUUAUACAAAAGAAAAAUGGAAUGCUCUUGCCAAUACAUAGAGACAUUGAGGCCCUAAAAGCAUCAUUUUCAACAGAAACCAUCUAAAUAACAUACAAAAUUAAUGUAAAAGCAGCUACAAAUAUAUUUCCGUUGAGGUAUAGUAUAGUUUCCGAAAGAGGCACCAUUGGGUGGAAUUUUCUUUCAUUUUUUCUGAAAGUACGGAUAGAAAUGUGUAUAAGAGGUAUGUAUCAGGGUACAAAUGGUGCAUUUUUAAUAGAAAUGUACGGUAUCCAGUUUCGAUUCAAGCUUUAUAUUAAAAAAAACUUGUACGUUAAUUAUUUUUGAAAAGAAAAACAUGUUUUCUUA